AUGACAACUAAAGUUGUUAACCUGACAGUCACUUCUGACUCGCGACAGUACCCAUACGAGAAACGAUAUCCCUCUUCGAUGACCCUUCAUGAACUGAAAAAAAAAUUAGUGCUAGUCGUUGGUAGCCCGACUGAGUGUAUGCGAACAGAAUUGCAUGACAAGGAUGGGAAAUUUGUAUCAUCGUUGACUGAUGAUCAGGCUACUCUUGAGAAAUUAGGCGUGACCGAUGACUCGGUACGUGCAUGGAGACGACGUGAAGGUUUGAAAAUAAAAUACGAUGCACUUACUGCGGCUGAAAACGAAGCAAAGCAGUUCAAGAUUGGCGAUCGCUGUACGGUACAUAUUUCGAAUCAGAAAGAGAGAAAGGGCAUCGUAUCCUACAUAGGACCAACUAAAUUUAAAGAUGGUUAUUGGAUUGGUGUUACAUAUGAUGAGCCGUUUGGUAAGCAUGAUGGAAGUAUUAAUGGUGAAAGGUAUUUCACUUGCAAAAGUAACCACGGGGUAUUUGUUCGACCUCGGGAUGUGAAGAAAUCUGAGGAGGACGAAGAAAUGGAAGAAAUAUAA